GUCUCUCUUCCAUAAAUUCUGUUUUACAACUAUGCUACGCACCGUUUCAUUUAAUAUGCUGCACACCGUACGUUUUAAAUAACGAGCCUCUUUCUCGUUGCUUGGCUCGCGGGUUAUUUGAAAAUAAGUUUAACUCUGCUUCUUUUUGACUUUCAACAUAUCUGUGGCCGCAACAACUCCGAAAAUUAAACCAGCACGAGCUGAGCUAUGGAGAAUCCCAAAAAGCAAGGCAAAGUAAUGACUUGAGCUUCAAGCUUCAAAGAGAUAAAAAAGUGGCUUCACUCGUGUCGAGCAUGCAUUUAUCUUCAUCAUCCAUCCCAUAACACUCCAUAUAUGCAUGCACACGCAAAGAUAAAAGGCCAGUAAUCAUCACCACCUAAAGCCCUUCUACCUCCAUUUUCCCUAAUUUCUUCUAAACUAGUCAACAAGAAGAGAAAGGAAAAGAUCUUAAUUAAACACAGAGCGGCAUAGCUUUGUGCUCUUAGCUAUGAAAGUUCCCGUUUCUCCCAACCCCAAGCCCGUUUCUUGCAACAAUAAUACUAACGCGCUUCCAUAUCAAAAAUUCUACCCUGAACCCACCUCAGUGCUUGACCUGCGCCGAAGUCCAAGUCCUGUGUCUGGGAAACCAGUCUCUGCAACUGAUCCUUCUCUUGAGUGGGAUGAGCAUGUUCUGCAGAAUUUUGACUGGGACUCUAUCAUGAAAGAACUGGACUUUCAUGAGGAUUCUGCCCCUACCCUCAAGAGCUUCCCUCAAGUUAAUUCUUACGAGUCCAUAAUCCAUAACCAAAAUCUCCAGGAGUUUACUGCGCCUGCACAAACGGAUCCUACUCAGUUUCUUCAUUCUGAUUUUAAUGGUACAUGCUUCAAUAUCCCCACUCAAAGUUUAGGUUCCCUUGAUUCGUCUCAUAACAUUGGCAAUUGGAACGUUGGUUUUGAUCUUAUUCAAGAACUUAUUCGAGCAGCAGAUUGUGUCGACUCCAACGAGAUACAACUCGCCCACGUGAUAUUGGACCGGCUCAAUCACCGCCUGCAAUCACCGAUAGGCAAACCGCUCCAACGAGCUGCCUUCUUUUUCAAAGAAGCUCUUCAAUCUCUUCUCACUGGAUCACCUCGCCCACCAACUCGACUUGCUUCGUGGUCCGAAGUGGUCCAAACUAUAAGGGUUUAUAAGGCCUUCUCAGGUAUCUCUCCUAUCCCCAUGUUCAUUCAUUUCACUGCAAAUCAAGCCCUCCUCGAAAACCUCGACGGUUCUCCUCCUUUCCUUCAUGUGAUAGAUUUCGAUAUUGGCCUUGGUUGCCAGUAUGCUUCCUUCAUGAGAGAGCUCGUUGAGAAAGCAGACUCUUGCAAGCUUUCCUCUGCUGUUCUUCGAAUCACAGCUGUGGUAACGGAGGACUAUGCAAUUGAAACCCAGUUGAUUAAACAGUGUCUCUCCCAGUAUGCUCUUGAACUCAAGAUCAGAUUCCAGAUUGAGUUCGUCCUUCUCCGUACUUUUGAAAUGUUAUCUUUUAAAUCAAUCAAGUUCAUGGAAAGAGAGAAAACAGCCAUUCUAUUAUCUCCAACAUUUUUUCGCCGUCUGGGUUCAAGCAGUAGCAUCACCGCAUUUGUAACCGAUCUCCGACGAGUAUCCCCUGGAGUCGUUGUCGUUGUAGAUAGUGAAGGGUGGGCCGAAUCUGGAUCAGCGUCUUUUAGGAGGAAUUUUGUUAACGGCCUUGAGUUUUUCUCCAUGAUAUUUGAGUCGCUUGAUGCCGCAGCUGCUGGCGGAGACUUGGCGAGAAAAAUUGAGAUGUUUUUAUUAAAACCGAGAAUCUUUUCCUCCGUUGAGAGUUGCGGGAGGAGGGUGGCAACGCCUUGGAAAGAGCUGUUUUGUGGGGCGGGAAUGAGGCCGAUGGCGUUUAGUCAAUUUGCAGAUUUUCAAGCCGAGUGUUUGCUGGGGAAGGUCCAAGUCAGAGGGUUCGACGUGGCAAAACGACAAGCUGAGUUGGUGCUCUGUUGGCACGAACGGCCACUCAUAGCCACGUCAGCAUGGAAGUGUUAGAAAUUAAUUAAGGGGUUUAUCAUAAUUAUAAUAUUUUAUUAUUAAUAGGUUUAGGUGUGUGUUUGGGAUGUAAAUAAUUAAUGUAGCAUUCCAAAUGCAAUUUGAUUUUUGGAUUUGGUAGUUGUUUUCAGUUGGGGUGUGGAUGGUAGAAAGUGGGCUGUGCUGGGUGCCUUUAGCCAACUACCUUGGGCCUUGGCCUCUCUUUGUAUAAUUUACUUUUAACUUUUGCCUCUUUAUUUCAUAAGGUGUGUUUGACA